GGCGGCUGGGGCUGCCCAGGCGGGGGCGAGCGGCGCGGGACGCGGGCGGGGUAGCGCCGGCCCAGCGCGGAGCCAUGGGCCGGGUAGGGGCCGGGGGCACAGCGCAGGCGGCAGCGGCCGGGCCGCUGCUGGUGCUGCUGCUGCUGCUCCUCGCUCGGCCUCCGCCUGCCGCCGCCGGCAACAGCAAGAAGAGCGAGGCUGGGCUGGCAUCUGAACACUUCACACAGGCCCCACAGAAGCUGUCCUUCUACAGCUGGUAUGGCAGCACCCGGCUCUUCCACUUCCGCGUGCCCCCAGACACUGUGCUGCUUCGUUGGAUACUGCAUGUGUCCCAGAGAGGUCCCUCAUGCACCGAUGUAGAAAUCACAGUGCAUUUCCGCUAUGGCGCCCCUCCUGUCAUCAACCCGCUGGGCACCAGCUUCCCUGACAACACCUUGAAUCAGACCUCCUUUCAGGUCAGGGCAUUGCUGAGUACCAUGCUGCUGGACAACACCUCUGUCAACAUCUCCCACCCAGCCCCUGGGGACUGGUUCGUGGUUGCUCACCUCCCUCCCUCAUCCCAGAAGAUCCAGGUGAAGGGCUUUGUUCCUACCUGUGACUACACCUUCCAGCCCGACAUGCUGGCCAUGAGGGUGGUUGAAGUCUCCAUCCUAGAGCCUGACGUUCCCCUCCCACAGACGCUGCUCUCUCACCCCAGCUACCUCAAGAUCUUUGUCCCUGAAUACACCCAGGAGCUUCGACUGGAACUGCAGGGCUGUGUGUCCAGUGUGAGCCCUGGAUGCCCAGUACGUCUCACGGUGGGUGCAGCCACCCUGCCCAUGAACUUCCAAAAGGUGUUGAUUUGCGCUAGCCUCACCCCAACCUGCCAUUUGCUUCUGUCCUCUCCACCCUGGGGCCGGUGGCUACAAGUGUCAGCUGAGAGCCUCGAAGAAUCACAUGUAUCAGUGGUCUUCAGUGCUAAAGCUGCCUUUACAGCGUGUAAGCCGUGGAGUGUGACCUUCCAUCAUCUUAUGCAAAGCAACCCAAAUCAGAGCCAUGGCACCUCUACAGGCCACUUGUCCCAAAUCGCUGCCUACUGGGACCUGGGCAGGAGUGGCAGGGGAGGAGAUGGCCCCUUCUGUCUCCUGAACUACCCAGUCCUGAGGGAGGACACAGACGUGGUUUCUGUACACUUCCAGCCCCUGACUGGGGCCUUCGUGCUGGUGCAUUCAAAACUGCCUUCUGUAAUGCAGCUCCGUCUUGAUACGGGCAUGGACAGUGGAGGCUCCUUCAUCAUCACCCUGAGGGCUAACCAGACAGAGUUCACAAAUGGCACCUUGUUAGCAGGUUGUGUGAAUGUUGCCUCGCCUUUCCUCAGCUUCAACACUUCAUUCAACUGCACCACAGCCUUCUUCCAGGGCUAUCCCAUGUUUCUGAGUGCCUCAUCUCCCAUGGCCAACCUCAUCAUUCCCUAUCCGGAGACAGACAACUGGUACCUCUCCUUGCAGCUUGUGUGCCCUGACAGUCCUGAGGAUUGUGACCAUGCUGUGGCUCGGGUGGAGACCAUUUUGUACCUAGUGCCCUGUUUGAAUGAUUGUGGACCCUACGGCCAGUGCCUCCUGCUCCGGAGAUACGGCUAUCUGUAUGCAGGCUGCAGCUGCAAGGCAGGCUGGCGUGGGUGGAGCUGCACGGACAACAGCACAGCCCAGACUGUAGCCCAGCAGAGGGCAGCGACACUCCUGCUCACGCUCAGCAACCUCAUGUUCCUGGUCCCCAUCGUUGUGUCCUUGCACCGGUCCUUCCUGCUUGAGGCCUUGGUCUACUUUUACACCAUGUUUUUCUCCACGUUCUACCACGCCUGUGACCAGCCGGGGGAGGCAGUGUUGUGCAUCCUCAGCUAUGACACACUACAGUACUGCGACUUUCUGGGCUCGGGGGCGUCCACCUGGGUAACCAUUCUUUGCAUGGCCCGUCUGAAGACAAUCCUGAAACAGGUCCUCUUUGUCCUGGGCAUACUGGUCAUUGCCAUGUCCUUGCAGAUGGAUCGCAGGGCCAUCUGGAACUUGAUGGGACCCUGUCUCUUUGCCUUUGUGAUCAUGGCCUCCAUGUGGAUAUACCGUUGUGGGCACCGGCAUCAGUGCUACCCUACCUCAUGGCGGCGCUGGGUCUUCUACCUCCUGCCUGGCAUCUCCAUGGCCUCUGUAGGCAUCGCCAUCUACACUUCAAUGAUGACCAGUGAGAAUUACUACUACACCCACAGCAUUUGGCAUAUUUUAUUGGCUGGUAGUGCAGCUUUUCUUCUGCCACCACGAGAGGAGCAGUCUGAGCCCUGGGCUUGUUUGCAGAAGAUCCCCUGUCACUACCAGAUCUGCAGGAAUGACCGGGAUGAGUUAUACACAGUAACAUGAUAUGGUUGCUCAUGGACACCUGAUACUCUAAUGACCUCUUCGGAUAGGACUGGGACAAAAGAGGCACCUGUCUAGCCCCAACCAGGUUUCCAUCAGAAUAAAACUGUCCUGAGACCCUUGGCUUCUUUUGGCAGAGGAGAGCACCCAUCUACCCCCAAAUCUCUGUGGCUGCUGCCGAUUCCUCUGUAGGUCACAGCCGCUUCCACCUGGAGACCACAGGUACUAUGUGUAAGCAGAUUGCUCUAUUAUGGCUGGAGCUAUAGAUAAGGGAUACCUGUUGUCCCAUUCCUUUGUGCAGCUGUGAUGUGAGACCCACAAGGCAAGGAAGGCUGAGUCCACAGAGUCCAUUAUCCCUGACAGCAUGUACCCCUGAAUGCUAUCCUGCCUUGGCAUGGAGAUGCCCUGCUGCUGCAGUUGCUGGGGUAGAGUCCAAGGUCAUCGGAGAGCUGAUAAGACCCUGGCUGCUGCACUGUCCCUCCUCCUCUGUUGGAGCCCAAGAGCCUGGGAAGAGCCUGGGGUAGCAGGCUGCUCAGCUGUAGGAGGCGUGGCUCUAGAAGACUCAGAUGGCACUAUUGGUGUGCCCUUCUCAUGCUAAGGGUCUUCGGCCCUAGUCUCCCGAGCAUUCUUGUGUGCUGGCCUAGGUGCGUGGAUGAGGCUGACCCCCACUGGAUCAACUGAGGUUCUGGGGCCCUGGCACAAUCUUUCUGUUGCCCCCUGGGCUCUCAGAGCUGACGAUGCAGUGGUGCCCUGUCCAUAUGAGGCUGGUCCCACUGUGAGGCCUGCCUGUUCUGAGUGCUGGGAUUACAGGUGUAGGCUUUCUGACACCCUGGAUUUGGCCACCAAAGCACACUUCAGCCCCUGAAAGGGGAAACACAGAUGUACUGUUGGGGGAAGGUGGUAAAAUGUUCUAUGAGAUGAAGGCAUAUUUUUAUGUAAUUGGUAACUUUAAUAUUCUACAAUGAUUUUUCAAACCAAA